CAGAUAGAUUAAAGUUCCUUGUUUUGCUGUUUUUCUUCUCCUGCUAGUUGGUGGAAAAUCCUUUUCUGCCUCCGCCAGGUGCACUUGUUUCUAUCCCCGGAGCAGCGUGGCAGCAGGGAUGAACUGGUCGGCAUUGGAGAACCUGCUGAGUGGAGUCAAUAAGUACUCUACUGUGUUUGGGAGGGUCUGGCUGUCCAUGGUGUUUGUGUUUCGUGUCCUGGUGUUCGUGGUGGCAGCUCAAAGGGUCUGGGGCGAUGAGAGUAAAGACUUUGUCUGCAAUACCCGACAGCCUGGCUGCACCACUGUUUGCUAUGACAGUAUCUUCCCCAUCUCCCAUGUCCGUCUGUGGGCACUGCAGCUGAUCUUUGUCACCUGUCCAUCUCUGAUGGUUGUUGCUCAUGUUAAAUAUCGCGAAGAAAAGGACAGGAAAUAUGUGAUGCUCCACCAGGGCUCUCACCUGUACGCCAACCCUGGCAAGAAGAGAGGAGGGUUGUGGUGGACCUAUCUGCUAAGUCUGAUCUUCAAAGCUGGCAUCGACACAUGUUUUCUCUACAUACUUUAUCGGAUAUAUCAUGGAUAUGACAUGCCCAGGUUAUCCAAGUGUAGGUUGGAGCCAUGCCCCAACACUGUGGAUUGCUUUAUCAGCCGUCCGACAGAAAAAAGGAUCUUCACACUCUUCAUGGUGGUGACCAGCGCACUGUGUGUCCUAAUGUGCAUGUGUGAGAUGAUCUACCUCAUCUGCAAACGCAUACAGAAAGUGCUAAAGGUCCGACAUGACAAUGAAAGGAUCCUAUUCGCUGACAGACACAAAGUCACCAGUUUAGCUCUGCCCAGAUCUCAGUAUAGGAAAGCUGAUCCAACUCUGGCACUGAGCCAGCCAAACUUAAGUAGGAAGGAGAAAAACAAAGAGGCUGAUCCAUGUACAACACUCUAGGACUCAGGGGUCACUCAGGAGCUUGUGGGUGCCACAUGACAAGAGCACUUCUAAGCUAACCAUGGGAGCUUGUUACAUGUAUUAAACUAAAGGAUGGAGAGAAAAUAUAUAUAUAUAUUUUUAAGAUUUUUUUUUUUUUUUUUGGCAUUUCUGCUUUAUUUGACA